UCCACAGAUUCAACGGGGUUUAUUAGACAGAAAGAAAUCUACGCACAAGAUCUAGAGCCCCAAUUCGAAGUAAAGACCAAGUGCGCUGUACGCCCCCACCCCGAGAAGCUGAUCUCCCUCGAGCCAUGGCCGCUUCCGAUCCUGAAAAGCUUAUGAUCAAAGCCGAUAAACUAACGAAACUUAGCCUAACAAGGUGGAGUGCUGACUGGAAGAGUGCUAUUGGUUUAUAUGAGCAGGCUGCAAAUGGGUUCAGACUUGCCAAAAAUUAUGAGAAAGCAAAAGCGGCAUUCGAGAAAGCUUCCAGAGGACAAGAGAUGCUCUCUUCGCCCUGGGAUGCUGCUAAACAUAUGGAGUCUGCUGCUGCUUUGGCCAAGGAAUUAAGCAAUUGGAGUGAGGUUGCUGAUUUCUACAGAAGGGCAUCUGAGUUAUACAUUGAAUGUGGGAGGUCACAACCUGCGUCGGAUGCUCUUGCCAAAGGUGCUCGUGUUUUGGAAGAUACUGUGCCUGAUGAAGCUAUUCGGCUAUACAUUGAUGCUUGUGAGAUUCUGGAAGAAGAUGGAAAGGAACAGAUGGCAUUUGAUCUCUAUCGUGCUGCCACAAGUGUUUACAUAAAGCUUGAGAAGUAUGAUGAUGCUGCAACUUUCCUGUUGAGAUUGGGUUUGGCAGCUGAUAAGUGCAAUGCUACCCAUAGCCAGUGCAAGGCAUAUCUUAGUGCAAUCAUCGUGUACCUUUAUGCUAAUGAUUUCAAGCAAGCAGAGAAAUGCUACAAUGACUGUUGUCAGAUUGAUGCAUUUUUUAGCAGUGAUCAGAAUCGUUGUGCUAGUAAACUUUUUUCUGCAUACACGGAUGGUGAUGUUGAGGAGAUCAAACGUGUGGCUCAGUCAAGCACUGUAAAAAAUCUUGACCAUAUGAUCAUCAGGCUUGCAAAGAAGUUACCAACCGGUGAAGUGAGUGCACUGAAGGCGGAACAAGAGGAGGCACUGGAUGAAGACGAUCUGACUUAGCUUAUUCUUCCAAAUCAUCUUGAUUGAUCAUGCGUUAUCUUUUUCUUUUAUCUUUUUAUCGUGCAUUUUCAUGUAUAUAUGGAGCAUAUGAACAUGACUUGGUUCCAUCUGUACUAUUGGUUUUAUUAACUUGAUAUAGACAAACGAGUUAUGAA